AUGGGCAAGUUGUAUGCUCGCACAUUUAUCAAGGCUGGGUUAAGUGUGUUUGCUUGCGAUGUACCAGAAAGAUAUUCUGAUUUACUUGAAGAGUUUCUUGAGUCUGGCAUUCAUAUCCUCAAGGAUGGAUUUGCUGUUGUUCGUCAAUGUGAUUUUGUCAUCUUCAGUGUUGAAGCCAUGAGCAUUCGAACUGUUGUUUCUAAAUUCGGUCCUGCAAUGAAGGUCGGCUCAAUCGCUUGUGGUCAGACUUCUGUCAAAACACCCGAGAUUGCUGCAUUCCAAGAGUUUUUACCACAAGAUGUUCAGAUUGUUACAUGUCACUCGUUGCAUGGUCCAAGUGUCAAUCCUAAAGGACAACCUUUGGUUGUUAUUCGACAUCGUAGCGAUCAACCCCGAUUCGAUCUUGCCAUCAAAAUUCUAAAAACAUUGCAGUCGGAUAUGGUGUAUCUGACUGCUGCCGAGCAUGAUCGUAUUACUGCUGAUACGCAAGCAGUCACUCAUGUUGCAUUUUUGUCCAUGGGAACAGCCUGGAAAACUCAAUCUACUUUUCCGUGGGAAAGUGCUUCUUAUGUUGGUGGUAUUGAAAAUGUCAAGGUGUUGAUGGCUCUUCGUAUUUACAGCAGUAAAUGGCAUGUUUAUUCGGGACUUGCGCUUAUGAAUCCAAAUGUCAUGCCACAAGCACAACAGUAUUCCCAGUCUGUCUCGGAUCUAUUCAAAUUAAUGAUUCAGGAGAAUAUUACCGAGCUGACUACUCGAAUCAAAAAUGCUCGUGAUUUUGUAUUCGGUGAUUUCAGUAGAACUCCUAUUCUGCUAUCAGAUUCUGUUCUUGAUCAAUUUUCGCUGAGUGCUAUUCCAAAAGAAAAGCGUAAAUCGAACUCUCAUUUGUCACUACUUGCCAUGGUAGAUUGUUGGGCACAACUCAAAAUCAAACCCUACGAGCAUCUGAUUUGCCAAACACCUCCUUUCAGAUUACUCCUUGGUAUAGCCGAGUUUUUAUUUCGGGAUGAAAAUAUGCUGAAUGAAUCCAUUCAAUCAGCUAUAUAUGAUAAAAGCAUCCGAUCAGAUGACUGCGAAUUCUAUACAUCGACCAAAGGAUGGGUAGAAUGUAUUGGUCUAGGGAGUCCAGAUGCGUAUCGACAGCGAUUUGAAUGCACGGCAGCCUUUUUUUCGGAUCGAACCACUCAAGCACGAAAGGUGUCGGCACAACUGGUAGAGAUGAUUGCUCAAAAGAUUCAUUCAAAUGAAUCUGAAUCAUGCUCAGUCGAGACCAAGAAACGAGUUCGUGAGCAAUAA